AUGUCUCGACGGGCACCGAACCCCUCUGCCGACCGUGCGGCGCAAAACCAGGCCACUAUCAAAAACCUCCUGAGGUUGGAGCCUAACAAAGUGUGUGCUGACUGCAAGAGAAACAAGCAUCCAAGAUGGGCCAGCUGGAACUUGGGCGUCUUUGUCUGUAUUCGAUGCUCUGGUAUUCACCGAGGCAUGGGAACCCACAUCAGCAGAGUCAAGUCUGUUGAUCUCGAUUCAUGGACCGACGAACAAAUGCAGAGCAUAUUGAGCUGGGGAAACGCUCGCGCCAACAAAUACUGGGAAGCCAAACUUGCUGCUGGCCACGCCCCGUCCGAAGCCAAGAUCGAGAACUUCAUCCGAACCAAAUAUGAACUGAAGCGAUGGGUCAUGGACGGGCCGAUGCCGGACCCUUCAACCCUGGAUGUCGACGGCGACGAUGAUGUUCCCCUGAGUUUGGUAAAGGAAAAGCAGGUUAUUGAGAAGAAGGAGUCAAUCAGGAAGGCAUCCAUCGGGAAAUCCCAGGCCCCGCAACAUAUUCGCGCGCCCGAGGCCGACUUGAUCGGCGGUGACGACGGGCCUCCCUCGCGAUCAAGUACGACCGGCCCCCCGGUUGCGAAAAUCGCACCCAAAGCUGAGCCUGCGGCCCCUAAAACAACAAACACACGAGAUUCAUUGCUUGGCCUUGACUUCCUGGGAGGCUCAGCUGCCCCUCCUCGCCCAGCUAGCACCCCCGGAGCUGCUUCACAAGGAGCAAAGUCACGACCGGACCUCAAGCAGUCUAUUCUCUCACUCUAUGCUUCCGCGCCCAAGCCCCAGCCUCAGCCUCAACCUCAGCAACAAGCGUUUGGAGGUAUGGGCCACCAGCAGCAAGGCUCGAUGGGAGGCUUCAAUGAUGCCUUUGGUGGCCUGAAUCUAUCGACCACAGCAAGCCCAAAGCCCGCUGCUGCCGACCCUUUUGCCAGCCUUGCAAGCACAUCCUCAAGCAAUCGAGCCAAACCCCAGCAUACUUCUAACGCCAGUGCGUUCGGUGGUCUUAGUGGAGGCGGCUUCUUUGACCCAAAGCCUGUCCAGCCGUCGGCCACUUCGCAUCAGCAAAAGCCUUCCAACUCUGGAUUCGAAGGCUUUUCGCCCUUCUCCUCCCCCCAUACACAGACAGCUACGGCGCCGGCGCCUAAGCCCUUACAGUCCUCAUCCUCCGCCAUGGACGACCUCUUCGACUUUUCGGCUCCGACGACGCAGAGAUCUCCCCCGCUGCCUCAGACUUCUUUACCCUCUGCAACGGCCAAUUCUGCUUUCACGGUGUCUUCUCCACAAACCAAACCUGCGAUCCUCGCUCCUGCAACAACCUCACCAGCCUUCGGCUCCGCUGCUUUGUCUGCUGCUGAUGUCUGGGGCACCAGCGAUUGGACAACGCCUGCUCCUGCUGCUACAACAGCUCCGGUGGCACAGGCACCCCCGAGUCCUCAGCAGCUCAAAGCCCCGGCCCCGGCCCCGUCAGCCGAUUUUGGAUGGGGAAAUUCUAGUUCUUCGUUUGCCAACACACCAAUUGUGCCUGGCGCCAGUGGGGGUUUCAACCCUGCACCAAAGGUUACUGCAGACGAAGAAUUCGGAGGCUGGGCAAGUAGUACUGGGCCAUCCAAUGCAGGAAAACCUGUUGUUCCAAAGUCAGGCUUUGGCGGUGACGAUGAUCUGUUCUCCAAUGUCUGGCAGUAG